AUGAUCUUCGGAACGGUACCGAAUUGGGCGAGAAUAGUCCUUCUUGUGUUGAACUGGGGCUCAUUCAUACCCCAGGUCCGCAAGCUCAGACGUAAAAGAGAGAGCUCAGGCGUGUCUCUCACCUACGUUCUAUUUAAUCUCAUCAACGCAACGGAGCAAUUUGCCUUCGCCACUUUCCUCACAGUUAAUGAUCUUGGAGGUCUCCUCGUAGGGAAUGCUCAUUCUAGAGGAGACCAGAUCAACUUGGUCCAGUUUGCGGGCGUUUUCUUCUUGUGGUCGCUGAUCUUCGUAUCAAGCGUCAGAUUCCCUUCUAAUGAUAACCUCCGAGGACUGAAGCUAGCCAUUUGCCCGACCAUUUUUAUCUUGUAUCUCCUGUUCGCCGUUGUCCCGUUAUUCCUUCAGCGUGCCACCCCCAGUCCAGGUGCUCCCGGUGAUGCGCCAUACGAAGGGUGGCUAGUCUCGUGGGCUGUCCUGAUCCACCAAAGCUAUCUAUUCCCUCUCACAUCAAUACUUUGCUUGGCAUCGCUGAUACCCCAGAUGCACUUGAUACAUUCCCGUAGGCGUCGGGGUUCGCUGAGUUUCAAGGGGUUGGGAAUCCAGGGUACGAUCUUUUCUAUCGAAGCGGUGGGAUGGGUCGGAAGACUGGCGUUUCCCUGGGAUGAGUUUAAAGGACAGCCGAGAUUGAAUGUUCUCAUAUUGUGGUAUCAGAGAGUGGGAUGGAUUCCGAUCAACUACGCUUUCAUGGCUCUGGUACAAAAAGCCUUGUUUUGGAUACUUAUCCUGCACAGGCUUCAUGGAAAUGGGAGGUCUCGGGAACGGGAACGCAGACCUCUCUUGGGGUGGUGA